AUUUCGCAAAGGCUCUGUGCAGUAUUACUGCGACCGUUGACACGGUUGCACGUGUGUGUAUAAGUCUAGCGAAGUUUGAAACUUUACGCAAUUACAUUUGUUUGAAUGUGAUGUGGUGUCAGCAUAGUGCAAAGGGCUUGAUAUAAAGUGAAAGGAACUAUUAUACAGCGAGGCCUAUUUUAAUUUCCACGAAAUGAAGCUAGACGACAAAAAGGGAGGGACGAUUGUCCUUGAAAAUUUCAAUUCCACAGCCAACCUUGCAUCCAACCCAGGUUUCCAGUCGACACUAACUCUGGGCUCAAAAGAUGUCAUCAAUGAGAAACCAUACAAUCCGUUCGAACAUAGACAAGUGGAACAUCCAAAUUCAACAAUCGGUUCCCUGGUACAUCUCCUGAAAUCGUCUCUCGGAUCUGGCAUCCUGGCGAUGCCUGCUGCAUUCAAGAACGCCGGCCUGGCUGCCGGCGCGCUAGGAACCAUCAUCGUUGGAUUUAUCUGUACACACUGUGUUUAUGUAUUGGUUCGAACAUCUCAAGAGCUAUGCGUUGACGCCAAGAAGCCAUCAAUGGGAUUUGCGGAGACAUGCGGUGCGGCGUUUGAAUAUGGACCUAAGAAACUUAGACCGUGGGCUAAUUUUGCAAGAACGUUCGUGGAUUAUGCACUGACCUGCACAUACUUGGCUGCCCUUUGUGUUUACGUGGUCUUCAUUGCAGAAAACUUCAAAGAGGUCCUGGAUGAAUACAUACCAGAUUACAAGCUCUCCGUCGAGACCUAUUGCGCUUUGACUUUAGUGCCGUUAGUUCUCAUCUGCCAAAUACGGAACCUCAAAUGGCUGGUACCAUUUUCGGCGAUCGCCAACGUGUUUCUGGUCAUCUGUUUCGCAAUCACCAUGUACUACAUCUUCAACGGACUACCAAACCCCGCUGAGAGGGAGAUGGUUGCUAGUGUUACACAGUGGCCUCUAUUUAUAAGCACGGUUAUUUUCGCAAUGGAAGGCAUCGGAGUCGUGAUGCCUGUCGAGAAUGAAAUGGCCAAACCAGAACAGUUUUUGGGAUGCCCCGGAGUCCUGAAUGUGGCCAUGACCGUUGUAAUAUCUCUAUAUGGGAUUGUGGGUUUCUUCGGAUACAUCAAAUACGGAGAUGAUGUGAGAGGCAGUGUCACUUUGAAUCUACCGCAAGACGAAAUCCUGGCCCAAAGUGCCAAAAUCCUCAUGGCGCUGGCCAUCCUGUUCACAUACAGCCUGCAAUUCUACGUGCCCAUGGAGAUGAUAUGGCGACAGUUGCACAACAGUAUCUCCGUUAGAUACCACAAUAUCACGCAGAUCUCUAUUCGCACCGCUGCUGUUGUCGGUUCAGUGGCCCUAGCUGCCGCCUUUCCGGAUCUCGAGCUCUUCAUCAGUCUCUGCGGUGCCAUCUUCCUCUCCAGCCUCGGUCUCUUGACGCCCGCCAUCGUCGACACCGUCCACAACUGGGACCGAGGUCUUGGCACCUACAACUGGAUCCUCUGGAAGAAUGUCUUCAUUUCCAUGAUAUCGCUCAUCGCUCUCUUUGCCGGUUCCUAUGUAUCUAUUCAGGGAAUGAUCCACAAAUUUAAUACCAUCGAUUCUAGCCCUGUUUUAGGUGUAUCAAAUAGUACAAUGAAAGCAAUUAAUGAAACACUAGUUUUAUGAGCUGUGAUAUAAUUUUCACUAAAUACGGUUGUGCAUAAUAAUUCUAAUAUUUUAUCGUCACAGACGAACAUAACAAUUAUAUGAAAUUUAUUGUGAUGAAGAAAUAACAGAAUUUGUAAAUUAUCACUGCUGUUAUAUUGACCAUAAGUAUAUCGUCAUAGUCGUAGAAUACUGACGGAUCUGACAAAUAUUACAUAAAAAAGAUCCGUCAGUAUUCUACGACUAUGACGAUAUUAGAGUUAACGGUCACUAGAUUUUACUACAGAGGAUUAUUCAGAUUGUCAAUGACUUUAGCAUGAAUUUACGUUAAAGUUUAAGAGAAAGGGUCUAAGAUUAACAAGUUCUUUAAAUAACUGUCUGUUAGUAUAAAUAACGGUAUUGUUUAUGAUUAAAAUGUUUAAGUAAUUUACCGUAAACAAAUAGAAUUGUAUUUCUCUAAAGUGAACCAUUGAUCAUUUUCUAUAAAGUUUUCUUGCAUGUAAAAAUAAUAUUUUCAAGCAUUUUCUUUCAGGUUGCAUUAACACCUAGUGGUUUAUUUUAUAUAUCUAAAUUUUGUAAUGUUAACUUAAUUCUAACUAUUUUCCUUAUUUUUAUUUCGAAUCAAUGUAUUAUGUGUUCUCUUCCAUUCAUCUAUUUUUGGAGUCAUCUCUGUUUUCAUUGACUCUUUAGCCUUAUUAUUUUAUACAGAAUAAUCGCGUCUUAUUUUCUAUAGUAUUAAUAAUUGUAAGUAAAACAUUUUUAAUUGAUUUUUAUUGCGUGUAUGAUAAAUCCUGUGGCUCCGACACAGAAUAAUAAAAACUCCGUCCAUGAGAAAUAUUUAAGGAAAACUAAUAUGAGAAGUUUUAAUAUGGCCAAUGGUAACCAAAACAAUAUUUUUUCAGAAAUUUUGUCUGUCUGUCUAUCUGUAUAUUUGUUCCGACAUUACACAAAAAAUUUUGCGCUAAAUUAAAUACGGUUUUCAACUUUGUGUUCAUGUAGAUAUGACUUAAAACCUGAUGUAUGUUUUAUCACGAUACGUCGAAGUGAUUGAUUUUACUAGUUUUCCUACUCCUGAAAUCGAUGCGAACGAAGUAGCGGGCAAAAUGCUAGUUUAUUGUGUAUUUAUAUACAGAAAAUUAUAUAUUUAUACAUUUAUUUUUUGAACAAUUAGAAUGUGUAGCAAAUAAUGAUUGCUGCGUCGUGCCAUUUUAGUGAUUGCCGACUAUUAAUCAAAUCAGACGUUACCUGUCCACUGCCGAACAAAGGCCUCCCCAUAGAUUGGGGGAUUAUGCCAAUAGUUGCCACACUUGGCAAGUGGGUUGGCAACCGCAGUUAGGCUUUGGUGAUGUUUUGAGAGGGACGCUGCUGCUCAUCUCUCAAAAAUUGAAUUCCCUUUGUCGCCUCUAACGAUGCCCACGGGAAAGGAAGGAUUGCCGACCCUUACUUAAGUAUGGACUUAAUUAAAAUAUGGAAAGUAAUAAAACAAUAAUAGAAUAAUUAAUUUAUUAAGAAAUUAAAUUAAUAGAUCCUAUUUUUAUGACAUUGGUAAGAAAAAAAGUAGAUGCCAUUUGCUAUAUAA